AUGGCUUCCGCUGCAAAAAAUAUUAUACCUGCCGCUGAUCUGCAGUCAUUCACUGAAUAUCUUGGAGGUUGCAAGCGCAUCCUCGCUCUUCUUGGUGCGGGGGUAUCCGCCUCUUCAGGCUUGCCCACCUUUCGCGGUGCGGGCGGACUCUGGCGUUCGCACGAUGCGACCGCUCUUGCGACCACUGAGGCUUUUGAAAAUACACCUGGUCUUGUCUGGCAGUUCUACAGCUACCGGCGACACAUGGCUUUACAGGCCGAUCCUAACAGGGCGCACUACGCGCUGGCAGAGCUAUCCCGAAGAAAUGAAGACUUCAUUACGUUAACACAAAACGUUGACGGUCUCUCUCAGCGCGCAAACCAUCCCUCAAAACAGCUCCAUAUGCUGCACGGCACUCUGUUCAACGUGAGAUGCACCAAUUUCUAUUGUGACUAUAGUGAAGAAAACUACACAGAUCCCAUCGUUCCGGCCCUCGACAUCCCCAAAAAGAGCUCGGGCCUUCAUCCCUCCGAGUCCGACAAAACUGGCGAAGAAGCAUCGGAAGCUAUUGUUGAAGCACUCGGAAGCCCGACGAACGAGGUUGAUAUCUCGGACGCCAGUAAUCCCAUCCCUGAACUAGCCGAAAAAGACCUUCCCCAAUGUCCGAAAUGCAAAGAAGGCUUGCUUCGACCGGGAGUUGUCUGGUUCGGAGAAGCCCUCCCCGAGAAGACGAUGAAAGCUGUUGAUAAGUGGAUCGGUGCGGGUCCAAUUGACCUAUGCAUCGUUAUUGGAACCAGCGCGCGGGUAUUCCCGGCUGCGGGCUAUGUUCAUGAAGCUCGUUCGCAAGGUGCCCGAGUUGCAGUCUGCAAUAUGGACCCCAAUGAUACACCCGGCGAGCUUCAUUAUGGCGAUUGGUUCUUCCAGGGAGACGCUGGGGAAGUUGUCCCUGAGAUUCUGAAAAGUAUCAUUGGCGAAGUCUGA